UGACGACCUCUAAAUCACGAGCGUGUGCUGGAGCAGUGUUACUGGAAGCACGCGAGCUGUGAUGGAAUCAGCGGAACGUGUGUCCGGCCUUGGUUAUAGUUCCAGGGAAACAUCGCCAUAAUUGAUCGUGAUCCUUGAAGGACAUUGUUGUUUUGACAUCGUUGGAUUAAACUGUACGUAAUAUGCACAGUAAUCUUGAUAAUUGUCGGGAACUUUUCAUAGUUUAAGGAGUACUUUGUUUUGGAUUUAGUGCUUCAACAUAUUUAUCGCUACCAGCAUAAAACACAAAUAAGGUACCCGGUGGGAUCUUCGUCUAACAACUAUAAAGACACUACCCUAGCGCAAGAGUGGGAGUCUCCGCAGGACUACUCCACCUUCUACUUCAAGUGGGCGAUUUUCUUCACGCGUUUCAAAAGCCUUUUUGGUUCUGAAACCUAGGAUAACGUAGAGGAAGUGGCGUUGAAGAAGACCUCACUAAUGGUGCUUUUUAUCACAGGCGAUACGUGAUCUUGGCAGAGUCCCCGAGCAGAUUUAAGGCCAAUUCCUGGAUAGAUGGACUCAAUUAAAAGUUUGAUUUAAAUAUAAGAUAACAGUAUAACUAUUUUAAAGUUUGCUCUGCUGAGUGUGAUGACCUCGCCACGUGAGUGCCGUAAAGUAGUAACUAGGGUAUAGACCCAAUGAUAGCCCGGGUAAGUAAGGAAUUAUCUACCCGCUUGCUUUUAGGUGUUUGGUGGAUCAGUCAUAACUGUGAACUAGGGUGGAUGUUUACGACCAGGUGACGUAUCACGUUGACUGCUGGAACGGAAGUGGAGGUUAUUGUAUAGCAAUGUGAUUUGUCAAUCUACUUACGUAAUAUAUACCCUGGUGUGACACUGUCCUGAUGUGAUGGUAAACAGUUUGGAUAAUUAAUUAAAACAGUUUGGAUGUAGUGUUAAACACUUUGGUAUAAUUUAUACCAUUGUGUGAUAUGAUACCGAUCAUGACCGUCAAAAAUGACACCCUGCAACGUUUGGCAGCCUGGGACACGUACCCUGUCGUAACCAUUCUGGACGCUAUCCUCGAUAACCAAACCAACAGCUCAAUAUCAGAGGAACAACUUCUUCUCGCUCGUCUGGGACCACGGCGGAAGGAUUUGACGUCUGUCAUCUUCCUAUUGGUCAUCUAUUUGUUGAUAUUUAUGUCCGGGACGUUCGGGAAUAUCUGCACGUGCAUUGUGAUAAUUAAAAACCACUACAUGCGGACCACAACGAACUACUUCCUGUUUAGCUUGGCAGUGUCUGACGUCCUCAUACUUAUAUUUGGCUUGCCACAGGAGGCUUAUACAAUAUGGGAGGCAUAUCCGUGGAGAUUUGGAAAGGAGUUCUGUAUAUUCAAGGCAAUGCUGACGGAAGUGACAUCAUAUGCAUCAGUUUUGACAAUCACGGCUUUCACAGUGGAACGAUACGUAGCCAUUUGCCAUCCAUUAAAAUCUCACAAAAUGACAGACCUGGGAUUGACUAUAAAGAUCAUUAUCGGCAUCUGGAUAUUUUCCCUACUGUGUGCUAUUCCAUAUCCGAUCCAUACGAGGAUAUUUUAUUAUGUCAACUAUCCUGGGACGAACAAGCCGAUCCCGGACUCUUUAUCGUGCAAUAUCCCUCCGCUAUGGCAGGCGCGGAUGGGGAUCAUGUUUCAAGUGUCUUCAUUUCUCUUCUUCAUCAUCCCGAUGACUGUAAUCACUGUUCUAUACAUCCUGAUAGCAGUAACUCUCCGUCGCACAACCCUCAAUAGGGCGGGGUCGGAGGACUCGACUCGGGGCAAAGGGACCUCAUCACAUUCCAUAAAAGUAGUUCUCAGGAUGUUAGUUGCUGUCGUUGUGGCCUUCUUUGCCUGUUGGGCACCGUACCACGCCCAGCGUCUAAUGACCCUGUAUAACACAAACUGGACAAAACUUUUACUGGAGGUUCAGAGUCACCUCUUCUUUAUAUCAGGUAUACUAUAUUUUGUGGGAUCGACAGUCAAUCCAAUUCUUUACAAUGUGAUGUCUAAACGGUACAGACAAGCUUUCAAAGAAACAAUUUGCUGUUGUAUUUGGAAAAAGUCGAUUGGUCAUCAAAGAACAUUUAUGAGUUACACCGGAUAUUAUAAAGGGCCUCUAGCAUCGAACUUCCGGAAAACGUCACCGGAUUGGAAAGGAUCCGGCUACGAAGACUCAGUUGUAGAAAACGGUCGGGCACGUAUAAGAAGUAUGGCGCCACCUUUAUAUGACGAACAAGUGAAACUGUUACAGGAUCAGACCCUCGAUCCCGUGACCAAUGGACUCACAUCCGGUUUAUCUAAAAAUGGGAACAAAUUGACCGAGCACUGUCCGACUUGUUCAGGUAACGUGUGUGCUGUGAAGGUGAACCAGAACACUAUGGUUAGUACAGGAACACCUGGACACCAAACGGAACUGCUGGAUAUGAACAGACCGAAACUGUAUCCGACAGCCGAGCUCAAAAAGGUGAAGAAAAUUGGGACGUGUGUGUAGCUAUAAGCGGAAGCGUCCACCUGGCUAGUGUUGCGUGUACGUGCUGAUAGAAUAUAGAAUGUGUUUGUCUAUUUUAAAAUCCCAUGGAUAACAAUCGUGUCAUUUACAAUACCUUCGACGUUAACUUGAUAUAAAGUAUAGCAUGUUAUGUAGAAUGUUGAACAUUCAGAAAAAUAAAAUGUUAAU